CUCAAGUUGAUGCCACCCCACGCACGUGAGGCUGGGAUCAGGGGUGGCACUGACCCGGCUGGGGAGCCCACUCCCGAGGUACGACCCAGGGAUGUGCACAGCCACAUUCCAAAGACGCACGGGAUGAGAUCAGCCCGGGUGACCCUGGGACUUUGCCCUCCUCGGCAGGAGCCGGUCCUAGGCACCCUGUGUGCCUGUCCAUCUGGAAGGCCCAGCAUGAGAGGCCCAGCCAUCCUCCUCACUGUGGCUCUGGCCGCGCUCCUGGCUCCCGGGGCCGGGGCACCGGUACAAAGUCAGGGCUCCCGGAACAAGCUGCUUCUGGUGUCCUUCGACGGCUUCCGCUGGAACUAUGACCAGGACGUGGACACCCCCAACCUGGAUGCCAUGGCCCGAGACGGGGUGAAGGCACGCUACAUGACCCCCGCCUUUGUCACCAUGACCAGCCCCUGCCACUUCACCCUGGUCACCGGCAAAUAUAUCGAGAACCACGGGGUGGUUCACAACAUGUACUAUAACACCACCAGCAAGGUGAAGCUGCCCUACCAUGCCACGCUGGGCAUCCAGAGGUGGUGGGACAAUGGCAGUGUGCCCAUCUGGAUCACGGCCCAGAGGCAGGGUCUGAGGGCUGGCUCCUUCUUCUACCCGGGCGGGAACGUCACCUACCAAGGGGUGGCCGUGACGCGGAGCCGGAAGGAAGGCAUCGCGCACAACUACAAAAAUGAGACGGAGUGGAGAGCGAACAUCGACACGGUGAUGGCGUGGUUCACGGAGGAGGACCUGGAUCUGGUCACACUCUACUUCGGGGAGCCAGACUCCACGGGCCACAAGUACGGCCCCGAGUCCCCGGAGAGGAGGGAGAUGGUGCGGCAGGUGGAUCGGACCGUGGGCUACCUGCGGGAGAGCAUUGCUCGCAACCACCUCACAGACCACCUUAACCUGAUCAUCACAUCUGACCACGGCAUGACGACCGUGGACAAGCAGGCUGGCGACCUGGUCGAAUUCCACAAGUUCCCCAACUUCACCUUCCAGGACAUCAAGUUUGAGCUCCUGGACUACGGACCAAACGGGAUGCUGCUCCCUAAAGAAGGGAGGCUGGAGAAGGUGUACAAUGCGCUCAAGGAUGCCCACCCCAAGCUCCACGUCUACAAGAAGGAGGAGUUCCCCGAGGCCUUCCAUUACGCCAACAACCCCAGAGUCACACCCCUGCUGAUGUACAGCGACCUUGGCUACGUCAUCCACGGGAGAGUUAACGUCCAGUUCAACAAUGGGGAGCACGGCUUUGACAACAAAGACAUGGACAUGAAGACCAUCUUCCGCGCUGUGGGCCCCAGCUUCAAGGCGGGCCUGGAGGUGGAGCCCUUUGAGAGCGUCCACGUGUACGAGCUCAUGUGCCGGCUGCUGGGCAUCGUGCCCGAGGCCAACGAUGGGGACCCGGCUACCCUGCUGCCUAUGCUGCACACAGAGUCUGCUCUUCCGCCUGACGGAAGGCCUGCUCUCCCGCUCAACGGAAGGUCUGCUGUCCUGCCCAGCAGCUGGGCCCUCAUUGUGAUGGGACUGCUGGGGACCACGAUUCUUCUGUCUGAGGUCGCAUAACGCCCCAUGGCUCAAGCUAGAAAAGCAGACAGAAGACAAGGGGAAGCUCUUCCGCCUCCUGGGAUCCGCACACUGCCAGCCAGGCCUGGGACAGUGCUCACCCCUCGCCUCCCAGCCCUGGGAGAAGGGUCUGAAGCCUCACAUCAUCACGCCACCCCCAUGUCUACACCUGCCGCGCACCUGUGCCCUCCCAGGAAUCCCCACACAGGCCCUUCUCCGCGCAGUCUGGCAGCGCUGCCCGCUUCCACUGCCUGCCGCCCCACCGUCCCCACCGGCCCCCCAGCCUGUUUCCCACGAUCCCUCCCUCCCAGUCCAAUCGCACCUCUGCUUCACCUGUCCCAUCAGACCUGCCCUCAGCCUGCCCCAUCCUCUCCUCCCAGGCCAACUCGUGCUGUUUGCUGUUCCAGGAAGCCUCCCGGAGCUGCCCGUAGGCCCCGGGCGGGCUGUCUCGCUGUGAUGCUCUGCUGGUGGCGGACGGACCCUGCCUCCCCAGCUUAUCCCAGGCCAGAGGCUGCAUGCCACUGUCCCCGGCAGCACCAGCCCCUGCUUGGCUGUUAUGGUGCUGGUAAUAAGCCCCGCAGCCCAGGUCCAGGGCCUCCAGCGCGCAGGUCCCAUAACCGGCCCCCGGCCCCUGCCCCUCCCACUCGGGCCCCUCCUCCUGCAAACCCCGCUCCCGAAGCGGUGCUGCCGUCUGCGGCCACGCGGGGGCACGCGGGAGCUCUGCGGGCGCGGAGACCUGCAGACCCGGCCUCGGUCACCUGGGAAGGGCCCGCCCCGGCACAAAGCACCUGUGGGAAUAAAGGCCAAGCCGCGACAGUCAGCACAGGGGAGCCUCUUCCCUAAAGCCUGCUGGUUUCCCGACG